AGCAAGAAAUGUCUGUGUGCCCUUGUGUCUGUGUCUGUGUCUGUGUCUGUGCCAAUGCCCAAGAACCACAGGCGAACAUUCCAGCCCUGCCCUCUUCCGCUGAUUCGGCGGUUGGCUGUUGCCUUUGUCCUUCUGAUUGGUAGAAGCGGCCUGACACAGGGACAGAGCGGUCUCCAGCGCAGUGUUCGCCCAUGCUGCCCAUUUCUUCCUUUUCGAGAACUGCCGCGCUCCAGACCACGCAUUUCAUUUCAGUCCUCCCAGCCGAGGGCCUCCCCAGCCCCGCCUCUUUUGCUCCCGUCUCAUUCGAUCUCCACCUGUGUGCUGCGAUACCAGCGCCGAUCCCCAGGAAUAAAAAUUCAAUUGGAAGUCCCCACUCAGUCACUCCCAACACAACACAAAACAAAGGAAAUCGGCUCACAACACCAGGACCGUUACACUUGUACGGCUGGCAGAAUGGUUCAUGCGCGGAUCGCAAACUCAAUACCUUAAUGGAAAAAAGUUUCCUGUUCACUUUUCUCCCUCAAAGCACAAAACACAAUAGCCAAAUCGUUACAGCUGCAGGUGCGAUUCACUCGAGUAGGACAAGAAUGGGCAUGGGGUGUCCAUGGACC